AUGGACGUUGAGAAGAAUACACCGACUCUCCAGACGCAUUUGGAUGAUGAUUCGUCCUCAUCGGCAGCCCAGAGGGACACCGCUUCAUGCGGCGAUCCGGAGAGGGAGCGCAUUAAUGCCAUCCGACAGAGCAAUGUGGUGCUGCGCUUUCUUGCCGACCUCGAGAAUCGUAUCGACAAGUUGACCAAGUUUGAGGCCAUGGGAGUCGAACGAGUUCUGGAAGACGAGAGACGACCGCCACAGGUCCUCAAUAUGGUCUUCUUCUGGUUUUCGGUCCUCAUCAGCCCUACUCUUAUCCCGAUUGGAAUGUUGGGUCCCAUCUUCGGCCUAUCUGUCAACACUUCGAUCAUCCUAACUGUCUUCGCAACGGUUAUCGGCGCGGUGAUACCGGCGUUCACUGGCACCCUAAGCCCAGCCACAGGCCUGCGUCAGAUCGCCCUUUCUCGCUAUUCAAUGGGUAUGUGGGGAGCGCGGCUCUGCGCAGUGCUCAACGUGGUCAUCAACAUCGGUUAUGGUACUAUUGCCGCUAUCGUCGGUGGCCAGCUGCUGCGCGCCGUGUCUGGAGGCACUCUGAGCUUAGCGGUUGGCAUUGUCUUGAUAAUCGUUGUGGCAUAUGUGGUCUCCUUUUUCGGCUAUGCAGUCAUCCACCACUACGAGCGAUAUGCUUGGAUCGUUGCCUUCGCUUUGACCUGCGCCCUGUAUGGGCAGUCCCAUAAACACUUUAGCCCAACGCCGAGUAUCAGCUUCGACACGGGCUUGACUUACACCGGAUCCUGCCUGAGCUACUUCGCUAUAAUCUUUGGCGUGUGCGCCUCUUGGUGCCCCAUCUCUGGCGAUUACUACGUUCACUAUCCCCCGAACACAAGCAAGUGGCUGGUCUUUGGCUUGACUUACACCGGUAUUGUGUUCCCAACAAUCUUUGUCGGAAUCCUCGGUAACUACUUUGGUGGAAUUAUUUCCGCCGACGAGGAGCUUGGCGCUCUUUACGAUAGUGAAGGUGUCGGCGCGCUCAUUCUCGCCGUCAUGUCACCUCCAUCCGGAUGGGGCAAAUUUGCUUGCGUCAUUUUUACUUUGACGUUUUUGGCCAAUGUCAUCUGCAACUUCUAUUCUAGCGCACUCUCGAUCCAGCUUCUCGGACCACACUUCGUCGCCGUACCUCGCUUCGUCUGGUGCACCAUCCUGGCUCUGGCAACAUUUGCUCUUGCUUACGGGGGCCGCCACGUGCUCGAGGAAAUCAUCAACAACUUGCUCUCAAUUCUCGGCUAUUGGACGUUUGGAUUCGCAUUGAUCUUGUUCAUCGAGCAUUUCCAUUUCCGGCCUCGCCUUGGGGGCUAUGACUUGGCUGCUUGGCAGGACCCUAAGCGCCUGCCGCUCGGACUAGCUGGAACAGCGUCUCUGAUGAUCGGAAUUGGAUUCUCGUUUUUGGGGAUGUCCCAGACGUGGUAUGUUGCCCCUAUAGCCAAACAGAUUGGUGACUAUGGUGGAGAUGUGGGUGAUUACCUGGUCUUGGUGUCCGUUGUAAUAUCAUACCCUGUUCUGAGGAUGCUUGAGAUUAAAUUCGUCGGACGGUAAGUUUUCUAGUAGGAGAUUUCGAUCAAGGCCACAAUCUUCUUGACAACAAAAUUGUAAAACGAAAGAUGAAGGCGUUGGAAUAGUAUACAUCCCACCGCGUAUGGGCUUUCUUUUGUAUUUCAUAUCUGUUAUUCAAAGUUGUGG